AUGAUACGAUCAAAUAAUCAUAUAUUAUGUAAUAUUAUCAAAGAUGCAUUUAAAAGUCGAUUAUCAAUAGUUUCAUCAUCACAGUCGCAGUCGCAGUCACAUUCACAAUCGAUAUGUUAUUAUUCAACAAAGGUUAUGAAUGAUAGACAAUUACAACAACAAUUAAAUGAUGGAGGAAAGAAGAAGAAAAAGGAUAACAAGGUGUUGAUGCAACAACAUAUAAAGAGUUUAGAGAGGACCGAACAAUUAAAAAAGAAUGUUAAAUUGUACAAAGAAAACAAAUUAAAGGCAGAGUUGAGGAAUCAACUCGAUCAAAGAAUACAUGGAAUCAAUGUAAAGGGUGACUUGCCUCUUGGUACAAAGAAAGGGAAUACAAGUAGUCCUCGUACAAAGUGUUGUCCAAAUUGCAUAUCGAUCAAACAAGCUGUCGCAAAUGAACACUUGGAAUGCUUUGAUGUGUUGGUCGGAUCGAAUGAAAUGAACCAAUCGAGAGGUGACACGAUACUGCAUGCAGCCAUCGAGAAUAGAUCACUUGGAUUGGUUCAAAAGAUAUUGAAUGAUGAAAGUUUGGUCAAGACUGGUAUAUUGAAUACACCGAAUCAACAUGGAUUUGCACCUAUUCAUUUUGUGGCAAUGUCAAUGGAAAAGGAAUUAGAGGAUAUUGGAGACGCGAUAGAAUCGGUUGAAAAGAAGUUACGGUUGGUCGAAAAUGUCGAGGGUGACACACCACUCAUCGCGGCCAUUAAAGACCAGCAGAUGGAGCAGGUGAUGUUCCUGAUCGAGGUGGGACACGCCGACCCGAGCCGUGUGAGUCAGCGCACCAACGAGACACCACUCACCAUUGCAACGGCACGCGAUGCUGCAUUGAUGGUUGAGUAUCUGCACAAGAUGGGUGCGCGCGACAAGGUUGGCGCCAACCUCACUUCUCUGCAUGUCGCAGCUGCCGUCCAGAAUCUGGCCAUGUGUCGUAUCUUGCUCGGGCUCGACCCCGAGUUGGUCAACCGUGUGGACUCGGACGGCACAACAGCCGUGUUUCUGGCGGCACAGGCCGGCAACUAUGCACACAUCAACUUUUUCAUUGAGCGCGGGGCGACCAUCGACCACACGAUCCGCUCGAUGGACGGCGACUCGGUGUCACUCGUCUGCGCACAAACCCUGUCCAACAAGACCGAGUUUGCAGCCGUCAUUGAAAAGAGCAAGUGUCGUGUCGACAAGGAGAUGAACAAGCUGCUCGAAAAGUCAAUACACCUUGCUGCCAAAGCCGGCAACACACGUCUCCUCGAAUACCUUGUCGUCGACAAAAAGUGCGACAUCAACGACCGCAACAGAAUGGGUGAGACCCCACUCAUGCUGGCUGUCUCCAGUCGCAAACCCAGCACCGUGCGCGAGCUCAUCCGUCUCGGCGCCAACCUCAACCAAGUCGACGGUACCGGCAAGACAGCACUCCACGUAGCAGCUGAAAUCGGGCUACCCGUCAUCCUCUCCAUCCUCCUCAAAGCCGGCGCCAACCCCAAACUUAAAACCAUUUCAUCAACCUACUCCAAAACACCCCUUCAACUUGCAAUCGAUAAUGAUAAUCAAAAUGUCAUUCAUAUUCUAAAUAAAUUAUAA